AUGGCCAAAAAGUUCAACCUUGGUCUUAUCAUUUCCCACAAUCCUUUGGCAGACGAUAUUCACAGGCGACCAACGUAUGCUGAGGUGGUUUCUAGGAAGAAAAAUUCCCAAUAUUCAGAAAAGGAUCAGAGCUCCUCCAGCAUAAUUAAGUUUUUAAAUAGUACAGUAUCCAAAUUUUCCAAGAAAGGUUCGUCUCAGAUAGCCAAUCACUUAGAACUGUAUGAAUCCACUAUGGAUUCUUUAAAAUUAUACUCUGAUGCUGACCGGAUUAGGUUCCUUCCAUGGGCAUUUGAUGAUAGAUAUCGUCAUUAUUUUACAUCCUUUAAGGAGAGAGGAGUACUAGAUUGGCCAAGUGUUUUGCAUGAAGUUAAAUUGGAAUUCGGUCCAUACCGAACCACUACUGCUGCAAAACGGGACAUAUAUAGCCUUACGUGUAGACCCAAUCAAAGUCCCCGUGAAUUCCUCUCUGUCCUCAAAAAUGCCUAUGGGUUGGCAUAUAGAUCCCCAAAUUGGGAAUCUGAAAAAUUCAAGCAGUUAUUCUAUGAUGCUAUGCCAACCCAGAUCAAACUUAACUUAGCCAGAGAUCUGGAUAUUGAUGCUCCCUUGGAUAGGUUGGUGACGGCUGCCACCAUGCUGUAUAAUAUCAGUGAGUGCCAUACAACAGGUGAGAGAAGGUUUAAAAAUUCCCCAGAGCAAAAGGUAGCUGAAGCUAAGGUAAACCCUAACUUGGGAUUUGAAAGCCAGCCACGAAGGUUCCCUCAGUCUACAGGACCUUCUCAACAAGCCCAGCAACAACAGGUAGGACCGCCCAAACAGACCAAACCCCAAAAUAAUAAUGGAUCAGAGGGGAAUAAUUCAGGUAAUGGGAAGUCUAACUACCGUCCCUAUUACAAUUACGGUCCCCAGGGAUAUAGGCCCUAUAACACUAGAAGUUACCAGGGUUAUAGACGUUGGGAUAAUAGGCCCAGACAACAGAGGGAAGAUAGGCAGGAAUCCUUGAAUUCACCCAGGAGUAGGUCACCUACCAAUAACCAGGGUGCCCAACAAAGCCAAAAUGUGCCCAAACCAAACAGGUUUGAUCAGCUGGUAGAGCAAGUGGCCCAGCUGAGCAAUAUGGUAAAUAAGUUGUCCCAGUUAUCCCCAGAAAAACAGCCUAAUCCUUUUUUAGGGGCAACUGCCGGUCCCAGCAAUGUAACAGCAUAAAGCAGAUUGG